AUGCACGCCUCCUUCUUCUUCGUUGCCAUCGCGGCUUUCGCACGCGUCGCCCUUGCCACGCCACCUGCUUGCUUGAUUGCUGCCCUUGGCGAGCAAUCCAACCCAGCCGAUAUCCCAACCCUCUGCAAGUCCGGCCUCGACGCCUUCUACGGCAACAUCACCGAGAAGUGCAGCGGCGACAACAAGGCCGCGGCCGUCAAGAUCUACUCCUCUACCUGCCUUGCUAGCGGUGUCACCAUCACUCUCCCAACCUCCACCUCCAUGACUUCCGCCCCAACCCAGACUGGAUCCAAGUCUGACUCGGGCUCUGGUUCCGAUUCUUACUCUGGCUCCAGCACUGCUCCCGCUGUGAUUAAUGCCGCCGCCACCAAAACUGGAGGCGCCGCAUCGCCCACUGCGACCGGUGCCGGUUUCAGCUUGAAGGCCGGCUCCAGCGUUCUCCUUGGAUCAGUCGUCGUCCUUUCCGGCCUCGCCAGCCAGCUGCUAUAA